AUGGUCAAAUUAUUUCUUCUCUUUACGGUGCUUGGCUCCUCGCUUCCGUUGAUUGUCGCCCAGUCCGAUAGUGCUGCGAUCGGGGAGAUGCCUAAGCUCGACUCUGAGAUAGAGAAGCAGUGUUACUACAAUAUAUUAUGUAACAUAACUGAGGAGGCUACGCCAGACAUAAAGAUAGCUUGGGAAGCGUUGCUUGCAAACGGGAUCAAAAUCGAGCCCGAACUGCUACAGUUCAGCUGCAAGGCUCUAUUUCAAUGCGUCGAAGAGACUGAGCAAGACAGGGGCACAAUGAGUGAAAUAGAAAGAUUGAGGGAGUCGUUAUCUGCCUUAGUACACGAAACCAACUGGGAGGAGAGGGAAGAUAUGUAUAGGAAAUUCUUCGAAGAAUAUGGUAACGCCGUCAUCGAAUCCCGGUGUCGUCGGGAGCAUGAGAUAUGUGAAGCGGGCCUUGCUGCUGCUGAACAAUUUGAGUACUGCGUACUGGGGAAGAAGGGCAUGACGGAGUCCUCGACCUCUGCUUGA